AUGUCGAUAAUAGAUAUACCGGAUAGCCCCUCUUCCGGGACGAGCGAGGCUGUUGCUGAUGAGAGAGAUGAACAGCCGUGGGAAUCGUGGGAACUCGAUGAAUUUAGCAUGCUGCUAGACAGCGAAAGGAGUGUGGACAAGCUUCUAAAAGCUCCAAAGGACGCUAUAAGCUCAAAACAAAAAGCAGCCCUGCGGUCGAUCGCCGGCCACUUUUGCGCCGAUGAGCACGGCCCCGACGAGCUCGGCCCCGAGAGCCAGGUUGGCAGCGGCACCCGGAAACGACGGCAAACCCAGGCCCCAUCGGAUGGCGCACGGAAGCGAGCCCGCCGGGCGCCAGCAACGGCCCGCCCCGCACCACCAGCACGCAAUCCGAUGAACCCGAUCAUAAGGCUGGACACGCUCUCGCUUGAUCCCGUCGUCAAUCGCUUCCUGCAAAGCCACGGGCCGGACGCCCCAGUAUUUCUUGCCCGGGCUGGUGGUCAAAUACGGGCCACAGUUAAAGAUACUGAGGCCGGUUCUGAUGCCGACGCCUUUCUAGAGCGGUACAAGCUUACCCUUAACCUGAACGCCCAACUUGACACAAACAACCAGCUUUGGUGCUACUCCAUGCUGUUUUAUUAUGACCUUGUAAAGCAAUACAACCCUAACGGCUCUGGACGCGUUGGAGACCUAAUGUGGGAGGAUAUUGUCGCGUGGUUUGGUCGGGUGCUUAAUAAUGCCCCAAUCUGUGCCGCCGACCUCGUGAAGAACCUUAACAAGUGGUCCGUCUUGGGAAAGAGGCUACACAACCUCUCUGUUGAGUUUGGUUCCGGAUUCGUGUUUUUCCUCGGGCAUGUUCUUUCGAGAAACUUCGUGGCUAAUAGACUUACUGGUAGUGGCCGCUACUUUGACGAUGCGGUCUUGAAACUUCGUGAGCUCAAACUCGCGGAUAUAGCAGCCGAGUCGCGCGCCAACGAACUAGGUCAGGCGAUCCGUGAUCAUCUAAUCAAGCCGUUCAAGGCGCUGGGGCCAGCGUAG